AAUACAUACUCGCCGCCCGUGCCGGUCGCACGCUCUGCGGCCGUUCCGUUUUAGAAACUCGAACGCGAUUUCCAAAUUUAAAAAUUUUCAGAAUCGGUUGUUCUCUUUUUUUGAGAUUUCGUUUUUUUUUAUUUAAUUCGCGAGUUUGGUUAUGCGGACUUUUUAUAUAUUUUAAAAAUGGAAAUUAGUGCUAUGCCUCCUAUGCCGCUGGACUUUUCCAUGGUUAGAAGCGGGAACGGAUCCCCUGGUGGUAUCCGGGAGUCAUCUCCGAGACCCGUUUCCAAUAGCGCCUUCAGAGUUGUUACACCUAAAGGAGUAUCAGCUAGCGAGGCGCUAAGGAAUGGCCUUUGUCAAUCUCUUUGGGGAGCACCCGCCAAUCGAGCUGAACCUAGAUUGGCAUCUCCACCACCUUGCCAAAGCCAAGACUUGUAUCCUAGAGAUGAAAUAAAGUUUGGCAUCAACCGUUUGGUCGGUGACAAAUCAAACGAAGAUGAAGACGAAUCCCACCAUAACGACAUCACGAGAGCUGAGAACGUCUCCCCUGGAUCACGGUGCGAGAGCCCAUGUUGGGCACCAUCACCGCAAUCUCCAAAAUCAGUGCGUUCGACUUCACCGGAGCUCGAAGUAGAUUCCCCACCAUCUUCACCGAGAAGGCCACCAGAUUCCACUUCACCACCAAAGAGAUCCGAAGCGUUUUCAAUGAGCGUUCUCCUUAGACCUGAUGCUCCAAGAGUCCAACCACAAAGACCCUACCUAUACAACCCAUUACCCUUUGCCGAAUUUUUGAGAGAUAACGGAAGCUUAGGUCUGCCUGGAUGGGGAGGAUACAGCAACCUGUACCUUCAUGCUGUAGCUGGACCAGAAUUACUUAGAUUACGAGCUGCAGUUCUUGGUGCUCAGGGUCCUUUAUCUAGACCACUGCCUAUAGGUGAUGUGUACUCUUGUGUUAAAUGUGAGAAAAUGUUCAGCACACCUCAUGGACUGGAAGUGCAUGCACGAAGAUCGCAUAACGGGAAAAGGCCUUUCGCGUGCGAGCUAUGCAGUAAGACGUUCGGACAUGAAAUCAGUCUUAGUCAACACAGGGCGGUGCACAGCGUCGAAAAAGUGUUCGAGUGUAAACAAUGCGGCAAGACGUUCAAAAGGUCCAGUACGCUAUCCACACACCUUCUAAUCCACUCCGACACCAGGCCGUACCCUUGCCAGUACUGCGGGAAGAGGUUCCAUCAGAAAUCUGAUAUGAAGAAACAUACCUACAUACAUACUGGUGAAAAACCUCAUAAGUGCCAAGUAUGCGGUAAAGCAUUCAGUCAGAGUUCAAAUCUGAUCACUCAUUCACGCAAGCAUACCGGGUUCAAACCUUUCGCAUGCGAAUUAUGCGGGCGGGCGUUUCAAAGGAAGGUAGAUCUGCGUCGGCACCGCGAAACGCAGCAUGCGGACCUGAGAGCACCACAGGCGCAUAUGCAACCGCCGCAUACAGACGUUCAUGCUAUGCAUGCACCCGAUAUGCAUGCAGUCACAGAUCAUAGAAUAGAUCUCCGGCCUCCCCAUGCAGAGCUGAGAGCACCGCACCCCGACUUCAGGACCCCACAUAUGAGCACCUCCGUGCCCCCCCUGCAGGCCCUCCCCUCCUGAACGUCAACAGCCUUCGCGCCCGCUACCUGGCGCUAAGGCAAUAAGGCAAUCACAACCAUAUUUUAGGAAGAGAGAGUCCAAUCUCGAUAUCACUCUGCCAUGUAAAUACGACAGCUUGAAACCAAAAAUUUAUUAAUAUGUAUAGACAAUUCUUUUUUAAAUUCUUUAACGUGGUGAUUGUUGUAAAAAGUCAUAUCAUUGAAUAUCUGUAUCAAGAAUUAUUUAAAAAAAAAAUUCUUUAAAAAGCAGUUUCUAAUCAAUCACAAAUCAUCAUUUUUAUGACAUAAUUAAUAAUGUAUAAUAAGAUAAUGAUUCUACUUUAUUGGUGACAUCACUUUAACUAUUUAAAGUCAAACUCGAUUUAUUUAUAAUAGAUUUAUGAUUGUACAUUCGCCAGCAUAUCAGGUUAUAAAGAAUUGUGAAAUUUAUGCAAUCAACUUUAAGCCUUAUUGUGUAUGAAAUUAAGUUAGAAAUAUGUUGUAGUAACUUGAUAUGCUGCUAUAAUAAAACUUGUUGUUGUGAGUUUUUGAUCUCAUUGUAAAUUAAUUUUGAAACCUGUUUUUUACAACAAGCAUUGUUGAAUGUCACAAUUAGGCAUUGUAUAAAAUAUCGUGUCAGAAUAUGGGGGGUGUUCACUAGAUUUUUGUUUUAAGUUAAAAAUAAUAGUGAAAUCUUUUCUUAAAAGAAUUUUUAUAUUUACGGACUGAUAAAAUCAUUCCAUGUUAAUUUUAAAGUAAUUAUAUUAAUCGAGCCCUUUAACGAUGCUUUUGAAGUACAAAAGUUCAUUCCAUUUCUUUUGUCCAAUAAUAUUUCAUUCCAAGCAUCAUUCCCUUAAAACUGUAUUUAAACUUCUUAAAUAAAAAUUUUACUCAAUGUAAUCAUAAAGUUGUCAUAAAAAUUUAAAAUGGCAUCUAAAUUCUUAAGAAAGAUAUAAAAUAAAAUCAAAGGCAGUCUAUUCAGGGUAAUUCGGUAAUAUUAUAAAAAAACUAACGCAACAAAAUAUAUAAUUAAUUUAUGGCAUUUUAAAUAGAAUUUCUAAUAAAAUAAAAAUAACAUCAAAAGACCCAGACAGGAAUGAACUUACCUGUAACAUUUUAAUUUUAAAUAACAAAUAAGAUGCCCACAUCUAAUAGCUACUAAUUAGGCAAAUUGUAAAUACUUACGUUAUGUUUAAAUAUUGAAUGUAGAUAAUCAGUUCAUAAUAAAUAAAAGACCUUAUCCCGAACCCCAAUUCUACUUAUGUUAACGCUAUAAUGGCGUUUCAAUGGCGUCUCUUUUCGUCACAGUCCUUAUAACUGUAUCAUUUAUAAACAAAAAUAACCGUCAUCACUGAUUUAUCAAGACAUGGCGUCUUGUUUACAAAGACGCCAUUUUACUGAUAAUAUUGAACUUUAAGUAUUACGACAAAAUGUAAUCAAAUGCCGUUUUAUUAAUGUUUAUAAUAGCAAAAUUGAGAUUCUAAUAAAUCUAAUUAUUACCCAUAUUUUUUUUUCUCACAGGCAUGCCCAAAUAAUGCUCCAUUCAAAAUGUUUACAAACUUUGCUUAAAUUUUUAUUUUAUAGCAAUAAAAAUGAUUCCAAUAUCUUAUUUCAUUUAAAAAAAUAAUUAAUUUUUCGAUGAGUCGAAUAAGUUUUAACCAGCCAUAUGCACAAACGUACAUUAUUUUUUUCAUUAGUUUAAAACAACAUAACCUAUACAAAUUUGAUAAUCAUUAAGCUUAAAGGCGUAAUUAAAACUUAAUGGACGUUUGUGCAACUGACCGAAUGUCAUGUACGGUAAUCUGUAGUUAAUGACUACUCAAUGUUUUAUUUAAUUUUAUUGUUACCACUUAGUUUAUGUAAAUAUUGUAUAAAAUCUAUUGUACAAAACGGAUCCAAAGAAAAACGUGCAAUCAUUAUAAUAUCUAUUUAGCAGUUAUGUGAUUAUUAUAAUUACACAUGUCACUUAAAUAAAUGAUGUAUUAAAACUUUUGUUUUAUUAUACACUAUAAUAGCCUAACGGUCGGUUCUGAACUGAGAAAAGUACAACAUCUCAACUGAUCAUUCUCAGUCAUCAUCAUUACCAGUCCUUUUUAUGUCCCCACUGCAGGGGCUCAGGCCUUCCUUAUGGAUGGUUAAGGAGGAUGGGCCAUGACCCUCCACGCUGGCCCAAUGCGGAUUGGAGGAUAUUAACGACUGCCAAUGCAGCCGGGACCAACGGCUUAACGUGCCUUCCGAAACACGGAGUAGCUCGAGAUAAUAAUUUUUGGUCACCCAUCCCGUGACCGACCCUUGCGAAAGUUGCUUGACGACUACGAUCGCGGGCCGCGGCGCUUAUCCACUACGCCAUCGAGCUACUCUCAGUAACUUGAGUUUAUACUUGUCACAUGUCAAUAAGUCAUAGUUUUAUCAAACCGCUGUCAACUGAUCAAUAAAAUAAUUAAGCUCAGAAGCGAUAAAAAAUACAGUUUGAGAGGUUCUUAAAUUUAAUUUCUCAAUUCGGA